AUGUGGCACGAGUGGCCAAAGCUCUACGACGAUGUCGAUACCGAAGCUCUUCAAUCAGAUGCCUCAAACACACUCAUACACGCCGGAAUGGCUUUCCACCCGGAGAUCAUCACGCACGCCUCCGAAGUUUUCAUAUAUACCUCGACAGGCCGGCGAAUCCUCGAUUGGACUUCGGGGCAAAUGUCCUGUCUGAUUGGCCAUGGGCAUCCCGAAAUCCCCUCCCGUCAUCAAUUGGCAAAGACCUUGACCGGUCUCCUUCCAGACGGACUAGAUAAAGCCAUGUUUCUGAGCACCGGAGGCGAGAGCAACGAGGCAGCGCUCAAGAUGGCAAAGUGUUUCACAGGGAAAUGGGAGAUAGUCGGCUUAGCAGCGAGCUGGCACGGAAUGACCGGCGCAGCACUGAGUGCACAGUAUCAUUCUGGACGUCGAGGUCACGGUCCCAUGAUUCCCGGUAACCACAUCCUCCCAGCUCCCAACGCCUAUCGCUCCGUCUUCCGCAAUCCAGACGGCUCCUAUGACUGGGACAUGGUCGACCGAGCGUCAUGUGGCUCGCUCGCAGCCGUUAUCAUGGAGCCCAUCCUCUCCGUCGGUGGCAUGCUCACACUUCCGCCCGGCUACCUCGCAGCUAUGAAAGCGCACUGCUCUCGGCGGGGCAUGCUUCUAAUCAUUGACGAAGCGCAGACUGCAAUCGGAAGAGCAGGAGAUAUGUUUGCGUUCGAACAUGAGGGCGUAGUACCUGAUAUACUGACGUUGAGUAAGACGCUUGGGAAUGGAUUGCCGUUGAGUGCCGUCGUGACGAGCAAGCAUAUCGCCGAGGUUGUAGGGCACAAUGGAUUUUUGUUCUUGACGACGCACCUCAAUGAUCCGCUGCCCGCUUCAGUAGGCCUCAAGGUCUUGGAGAUCGUUGUUAGAGAUAACCUCGUUGCUCGCUCCCGGGCUAUGGGUCUCAAGCUCCACGCUGGACUGGAAAGACUCAAAGAGCGAUAUGGCUGCAUCGGUGAUGCUCGAGGUCGAGGUCUACUGGCGGCCAUUGAGAUUGUGAAGGAUAGGGAGAGCAAGGCUCCGGCGCCGGAACUGGGCGAUAGGUUGGCGGCGAAGAUGAUGGAGCUAGGAGUAUUGGCGAACUUAUCAACGAUUUCAAGUUUUAGCGGAAUAUUUAGGAUUGCGCCGCCCAUUACGAUUUCUGAGAAAGACUUAGAGCUAGGGUUAGGGAUUAUGGAGCAGGCUUUCAGUUGUACUGAGGGUAGUUUGCCACACUAUAUGAUUUAUGGAUCUUAA